AUGAUGCCACCAGUCAAUCAAUCAGUUCUACAGCCUUCCCCGAACCGAUGGCGCCUCGGAUCGCGAAUCGAAUGCGAACGAAUCGAAACGCAGGCUCCGCCAGCAGGCGUCCUUGCAGCUUGGAGUGAUGGAGACUGCUCAUAUAUGUUGCGGAAAAUGUCAGCAGAUAGUGCACCACCUGAGUCUCAAGACCAUGUUUCCAAGGAAGUUCAUCUGGUACAUGAGGGUGGCAGCUCCUCAGCAGUGUGGGCUAUUGGCAAAAGCGCCUUUUGCAAAGUCAAAUCCUGGCAUCCUAGCAUGGGGCUUGAGGGGGAGACAAUCGCAUUUGUUAGGGAACACGUACCUCAAAUCCCGGUACCGGAAGUUAUUUAUUCCUGGAUUGAUGAAGAUCGGACAUUCUUGAUUCUCAAGAGAGUUCAAGGUGUGACAUUGAGAGAUGCAUGGUCGUCGUUUUCUUCCUUGCAGCGUGACUUGGUCCUCAGGAAAAUUGCAAGUAUCUGUGACCUACUUGCUUUGAAGACUUCAGCAAAGCUUCAGAGUGUAUCCGGAAAUCCCUUGCCUGAAAGGUUCCUCGCAGUCGCAAAAGAUGGCUUCCUGGGACCUCUCACACCAACUGAGAGUUUGGAAUAUUUUACUGUCCCAGACUCCGACCUAUGUCCCGAAAUCGGAAAGGUUUUUUAUCAAUGCCAUGCAGAUCUUGUUAUGAGAGGUCCCCAUAGUCGGUCCAGGCUAAUGACCGUAAUCCAAACCACUUCCUGA